GGCGUCUGUGCUGUUGCUGCUGCUGUUUGCGGUGUUCGGGUUGCUGGUGCCAGCUCUGGAGGCGGCCGAGGUGUUGGGCCUCUUCCAGUCACCGGGCCGCAGCCACUGGGUGCUGGCGGAGACGUACCUGAGGGCGCUGGAGCGGCGGGGCCAUCGCAUCACCGCCGUCACCACGUUCCCCUCCACUCAGGGCAGCACUGCGGGCAACUGGACCGAGAUCCUCAUACCCAACCCCAUGAAUGAAGACGAUAAUCUCAACGCAUUCGACGAGGCCGUGACUGGUGUUUUUGAGUGGGCAAAACAAUACCUCGAGUUCUCAGAAAAAAUGUGCCACGGAUUUCUGAAAGAUGAAAACGUACAGAGUCUGUACAAGUCGGGGAAAAAGUUCGACGUCAUAAUUCUAGAGAAUAUCUUCACAGAAUGUUUACACGGAUACGCUCACGGCCUGGAAGCGCCUGUGAUCGUGCUGACGAGUUUUGGAGGUCUGGACUGGAUGGCCUGGAUGGUGGGGAGUCCAAACCCUUACGCCUACGUUCCGACUGCGUUCCUCACAUUCGGCUCGCACAUGAAUUUUCUUGAACGACUGGUGAAUACAGUUGUUGGGAUAGGACACAACGUGCUGCGUCAUAUUUUAUACAUACCUCGACUAGAUUCUAUUUUACAAACGCAUCUGAGAGAUCCUUCACUGCCGUCUCUGUCAGAAAUCGAAAGACGAACUUCACUUCUCUUAGUUAAUUACCAUUUCACUCACGGAAGCCCACGUCCCCUCGUACCCAACAUGGUCGAAGUUGGAGGGAUGCAUGUCGGGAAGCCUAAGCAGCUACCACAGGACAUACAGAAGUUUUUGGACGAGGCCACAGACGGAGCGAUAUACUUCAGUAUGGGUUCCAACGUGAAAAGUGCUCAUUGGCCAGAGGAAAAACGCUCAGUUUUCCUGAAAGUGUUUUCCCAGCUGAAGCAACGAGUGCUGUGGAAAUGGGAGACGGACUCCAUGCCCGGACAACCGCCGAAUGUUAAGACUGGCAAGUGGCUGCCGCAGUCCGACAUACUGGCCCACAAGAAUGUGCGGGCGUUCAUAACACACGGUGGUCUCCUGAGCAACCAGGAGGCCCUCAGCCAUGGAGUGCCGCUGGUGGGGAUCCCAGUGUUCGGCGACCAGCUCCUCAACAUGGCGCAGGCGCAGAGGCAGGGCUACGCUGUCACGCUGGCCACGAGCAACAUCACCGAGGACUCUCUGCGUUGGGCGCUCGCCGAGGUGCUCACCGUCCCCAGGUACCGCGAGAACGCCCAGCGGUUGUCCAGGAUCUUCAACGACCGCCCGGUGAAGCCGCUGGACGAGGCUGUCUACUGGACAGAGUACGUGAUCAGGCACCAGGGGGCGCCGCACCUCAGGUCCGCGGCGCUGGACCUCGCCUGGUACCAAUACUUGCUGCUAGAUGUCGUCGGGGCGCUGCUCGCCGUAACACUGCUGGCUCUCCUCGUCACCAGAGCAGCCUUCAGUGCGGGACUGCGGCUACUGAAGUGGACUGCUGGCAGAUCCAAAGCUAAGGGGACCAGCACCAAGUCCACCAAGAGGGACUGAUAGUUGUCUUAUUAUUUAUAUGUCCUAUAUAAGCAAUAUGAACAUUUCUCAGUCAACCUAAUAAAUCGUGUUUGUACAAAUA